CGGUCUGGCCAGCUCUUGUUUUGGACUUGGCGAGCGGACCAAACAUGGAUGCCUGUCACCAACGACAUGGAGGCUCUUAGUCGGCCGAAAUCGGACCAACUGCAGUUCGCAGGGUGUGCCCAGUAGGUGCAAGGCGGGUGAGCAGCCGAUUGGAGGCAGCCAGCGGGCAGACGGCUCGUGACAGAGCAUGACCACCGCCUCCAGCCGCCACUAGCCACCGCCGCGACCCCCGUUCUCGUGACAUCGCUCCGCUCACUCGCGCGCGUCCGCUUUUCGGUUCGGGGCCGAAAUUAUAACCAUGGUCAAGGAGAAGCCCAACUCGACCAGGAUCUACGACAAGGACGGAUUCCGCCGCAGGGCUGCGUGCAUCUGCGUCAAAAGUCCGCAGGAGAAUGAGGUGCUGCUCGUGACUUCGUCUGCUCGGCCAGACCACUGGAUCGUGCCCGGAGGCGGCGUGGAGCCCAACGAGGAGCCCCGAGUGGCCGCCGUGCGGGAGGUGCGCGAGGAGGCCGGCGUGGUCGGCGAGCUGGGCAGAUGUCUCGGCAUCUUCGAGUCGUGCAAUCUGCAGAACGAGGAGCGCAAGCACAGGACCGAGGUGUUCGUCAUGACCGUGACUGAGGAGCUGUCCGAGUGGGAAGACUCAAAAAACAUAGACCGAAAGCGGAAAUGGUUCGCGAUCGAGGACGCCCUGGAGCAGCUGAGUCGGCACAAGCCGGUGCAGCUGAGGUAUUUGCAGUCGCUGAUCAACUACAAGCACGAGCCCAAGGUGACCUGAGGCGGGCCGAGUGCCCAUCUCUGCAGACUGUGUGACAGUGGGUGGCUCUGUGAAUCUCCGAUUUUCUCAUUCCCGGGUGGACAAGAAGAACAGACGCCAGAUCGACGCACCUUUCCAUUGCACACACACAUACACACCCUCACACACACACACUUAAACACACACGCGCGCGCUCAUUGGCUUUGAAUUAAACUUCUCUUUCGGACUUUUUUGUUUGUUUGUUUAAUUUCAGUGCUUCAGUGUUUCGAACGGACUUGAAUUCAUUCACACUUUGAUUAAAGCUUGGAUCUGAUUUAAUAUUAAACACACACACGAACACACACACACUUACACUCGUCUUGUUAUGUUUGAACCAGGCUGACGACGUUUGCGCUUUUGCUGAUGGUUCUUUCAUCUAAUAGAAACGGAAUUACUCUUUCUUUCUUUCUUUCUUAGUUUGAUUUUAAUUUUUAACGUGCUGGAUGUCAAAGGGGAAAUCUAAGGCACUGAAGAAUUAUUAUUCCUUGCUUGUCAAGUUGUACUUUUGAAUUACUGUCAUGUUUAAGAACAAUCAUUUCGUUUGUAAGAAGUACCGUCGAUCGAAGGAGAUGUCACAGUUGUCUUUUGAUGUGUAUGGAUAUAUUGUGAAAACAAAAAUUCAUUAAAACAUGGAUCAUUACUAGCCAAAGCAAA